AUGAUUGACUCAACCACAAUCAAGAGGUGGCAAACAGCUUUGGGGAAAACAAACCAAGAGACGACAAGGCAACAUGUAAAGCUAGAAGCAGCUGGUGGAAAAGCUAGGAGCAAACCCACCAUGAAGUCUCUUAUAGGCGGAGAGCAGCUACGUCUAAUGCUACUGCCUACUCAGCUUCUUAUUCUUCCACGUUUCUUUCUCAGUUCCUCACCGCCUUCCCUUUUAUCUCUUUCUUUCUCUUUCAUUCUGGAUGGUUCCCACCGGUAUAAUACUCCCCGGUUUUUGCCCCGUUUUGGAGCUUGCCAUUUCUUUCUCCCAUCUGGAUAA